AUGCAAGCACCUAAGGAUCUAGUAAAAAUCAGCGCAAAGAGGUUUGGUAACAUAUCGUCCAAAAGAAGAAUCUAUUAUGCUGAACAUAUCCCUUCUUCAACCCCAGAUUCUGCACCACACAUGUUCGCCAAUAUUCACAAAAAGAAGGAAGAAGAUAUCAGAAACAAAUCAAUAGAUCCUAAAGAGCCAAUACGUAAUAUGUUCCAAAAACUAAUCAAUGAUUUGAACAAAUCAGAAAAUCCAUUAGAAGCUCCUACUGCUUCACCAAAUACCCCCACAGCUCGUUUGCCUUAUAAGAAUUUACCCCCAAGAUUACAAUUAGCUUUGAGAAGCACAAAUGACCCACAUAUCAAGUUAAACGCAUUACUUUCACAUAAGGACCUGUUAAGUAUUAAUCCAAAGUAUGUUGAUGACGUUUUAAUUGAAGAUUUGAAUAUCAUCUCUGCAGAAGAUCUAUACUCUUCAUUAAGUGAAGAUUUGGUAUUACAAUUAGUUAGAUUUUACGUUAAACAUAAAGAUUUUGAUCAGGUGGCCAAAAUUGUUGUUCAAGCCGUAUCAAAGAACUAUCACAAUGAUAUAAGUGUGUUGAGUCUUAAGAUCAAUAAUCAAUUGAAUAAAGAUCACGAUUUAAAGUUUGGGUUUUUUGAUACAAUGAAAUCAAUCUAUAAAAUUGUUACAGAUUCUGGAAAUCCUAAACUAUUCAAGUUUCACUAUAAUGUAUUAACUGAGAAAGGUCGUGUUUUUGGUUUCAACAACUUGGAAAUUGAGUAUGAAGAUUUGUUGAACAUAAUGAAACUAGAUCAAAUUAUUGAUAAUUACCAAAGUAUUGAAGAGAUUCCAAGUCAAAUUUGGGAGACAAAAUAUGAAUACAUUAACUUGAAACUGGCUUUGAAGUCUAUCGAGAAUAAUAGAUUGAGUGAAGGUAUGGAUACAUUGAACAAAUUUAAACUCUUGGGUGAAGAUGGUGUUCUUUAUAGAUUUUUGAAAGCUGGUAAUAAAUUCCCAAAAAGUAAAGAUAAUAAGAGUCCAACCAGUUUUGAACAACAUUUAUUAAAUGCUAUUUCAGAAAAUAAAGGCUAUGUUAUGACCAGAAUUGAUACUCAAAUUUUGAAAAAGACAAUUACAAAUUUUAACGUUUUCAAUAAAAUCAUGGAAAAUAUGGAAGAUGGAAAAUCUGCAUCUAAAGUCAAAAAUACUUAUCUACAAAAACUUCUUGAUAUGGACUCCCGUUCUGCUGUUGUGAAUUUCAUCACAAAGAAUUUGGUUAAAGCUGAACAGUUCGAAACCCAAAAUUUGGCAAGAGCAGUUUUUGCUACUAAAAAUAAAAAGCUAUUAUCAGGUUUAUCAAGAUCAUUACCAAAAGAAGCCAAAAAUGAGUUAUUAUCUUCUUUAAUAACAAGAAGUUCGUCUACCAUUGGUAAAUCAAAAGAAGAAUCAGUACCUGAAAGACAAUUUAAUGAAAUGAAAUGGAUUUUAGAAAGUGUUAAUUAUAACAUCCAUGAUUCAAGUUUCAGACAUUUUGCUAAGUUAAUGACCAAAUUACCAAUCGAAUCACAAAAAUCUAUUAUGUUGAAGCUAAGUGGUAUUUCAUGCGCAGAAUAUAUCAAAUUUGUUGAAAAAGGUGUUCCAAUUUCUUCCAUGUUGAUACCUACACUUUUCAAAAUUGGUAAAGUAGAGUCAGGUUAUUGGUUAUCAAGAAUAGCAAGACAUAUUGCAGGGUCAUGUUCAACUGAAGAGUGUUUAUACAUAUUCAAUGAUUUAAAAGAACAAGAUACCAAAGCAUUUUUAGCAUUAUAUAACAAGACUAUUGGAUCAUUUCUAUAUCUCAAAAAAUUUGAUAUAUGUCAAGAAUUAUUUAGAUAUUUCCCAAGUGAUCAGUUACAGAUAUUAACUAAUGAGUAUAUGGUCAAAGAUGGUAAAGAUCCAAUAUAUUUUGAUGCUAUGAGGGAAAAUCCUAUUGAAAUUCUAAAACUUGAAACAAUCAAGAUUUUACAAGAUGAAAGUAAAAAUGGAUAUGGUAAAGAUCUUCAAAGAAGAUUAUGGAUCUUGAGAGGGCAUAAGAAAUUCGAUGAACAAAUGGCAGAACUCUUAUUGAAACGUGUUGUUAGAAAACAAAGAAUCAAUGGUGAAUUGAAAGUUACUGAAAGAAUGCAAUGGUGUAUUGGUCUUUGUGAUUCUUAUGGUGUCAAGAAAGAAACAAUUGAAAAAAUUUUGUUCACAGAUUGA